CUCAACCCCCAAAUCUCCACUCCCUUAGAAACGUGCCCCCACAGGUUGGCGUAGAUUUCACAGUAUUUCCCAAAGGGGGCAAUGUGUAAAAGUUGUUCCUCAGAGUGGGUAACCUGAUAGGUGGGAAUUUAGAACUGUUUGGAGUCAAUACUGUGAUUCCAGCCAUGGGUUCAUCUGCAUCUACUCCUGCUGUUACAGUUACCUCAACUGCUUCAAAUCAUCAGACAGCAUCCUCACCUUCAGGAUGCCCAAUGCAUGAAGGGAAAAUGAAAGGCUGUCCAGUGAGCGCAGAACCAUCUGACCGAACCUGUGAGAACAAAACAUACUGUGUGCCUGCCCACCAGGAACGCGCUUAUGAGUAUGUGGAGUGUCCUGUUACGGGUGCUGCAGUUGACAAUAAGGAGAAGCUAGAUCCUUCAAAUCUGAUGCCACCACCUAAUCAAACUCCUGCUCCAGAUCAGCCGUUUGCAUUGUCUACUGCCAGAGAGGAGUCAUCUAUUCCGAGAGCAGAUUCAGAGAAAAAAUGGGUUUAUCCUUCUGAGCAGAUGUUCUGGAAUGCAAUGUUAAGGAAAGGGUGGAAGUGGAAGGAUGAGGAUAUUAGCCAGAAAGAUAUGUAUAAUAUCAUUAGAAUUCACAAUCAGAAUAAUGAGCAGGCUUGGAAGGAGAUAUUGAAGUGGGAAGCCCUCCAUGCUGCGGAAUGUCCUUGUGGUCCAUCGUUGAUCCGGUUUGGAGGGAAAGCAAAAGAGUAUUCACCAAGGGCAAGAAUUCGUUCCUGGAUGGGAUAUGAGUUGCCUUUCGAUAGGCAUGAUUGGAUCAUCAACCGUUGUGGGACAGAAGUGAGAUAUGUGAUCGAUUACUAUGACGGUGGUGAAGUGGACAAGGACUACCAGUUCACCAUCCUGGAUGUCCGUCCCGCCUUGGAUUCAUUUUCGGCAGUAUGGGACAGGAUGAAGGUUGCUUGGUGGCGCUGGACCUCAUAACCACUGUUUUGCUUGAGAUGGAAAAAUAAAAACUAUUUUUUUCUGAGAGAUAACAUUAAACUAUUUUCCCCAAA